AUGGCGGACCACAAGGUGCCAGUCUAUUCUACCAACGACCUCAAGUCAACCAGCGAUGAUGCUCUACUCCCCUAUCUAACGAACCUUCCUGCGCCUUACACCUUUGCGGUAGACAACACCAAGAGCAACAUCCGCUUCGUGCUAGGAUACAGUGCCGUCGCAAUUGCAGGUUUCACCUUCUAUGCGGACCGCAAACUAGGCUGGGAGGCGACCACGUCACCGUGGAUUAUUGCCGCUGUGGUAUCAUACUUCAUCCUUAAUAGCGCGUUGACGUUUUGGAUCUGGGCCGUCGAGGCUGGCGAGGUGUUCUACGGAAAGCGCAAGACUGGAGAGACUAUCUCCAUCUCCUCGUCCGUGCAGAAACACUCCGUCCCAUACAAGCUACACGUGGUAUACAAGUCGCCCACCGGCAAAGUCCUGCAGGAUAAGAAGUUCGAGGCACCCUUUACCAACUGGUUCUCCGCCGACGGCGUCUUCCACCCCGAGCCUUACCGCCGCUGGUUGGCCAGUGAGGUUGAUGUGCUGAGAUUGGCAGCCAAGGAGAACGAGAAGAAAGCAAAGUAA